AUGAUAUCAACAGCAACCAAAUAAUUUACUUCAAAACUUAAGGAGCUUCCAUGCUAAGAGUUCCUUGUCCAUCUAAAAGAUGCUGUCAAAACAAACUUUAAGAAUAAUCCCUCUAUUUAGUAUUUAAAAACAUCAGAAAAUAUUAAGAAAUCUGAUCAAGGAAUUGAUUAUGAUCUAAAGGUCAUCGAGACUCUCAAUAACAAACCUGACGGAACGAAAGAAGAUUUCCUCUCCUAAAAUGAAGAUGAAAGUAAGGCUAAGAAACUCGAAAGAAAAAAUCCUUUUCUACCACCUUUCGAGGAUGGAUAAUUUAUUGAGGAAAUUUCAGAUACUCACUCUCUGAUUUACAAUAAAUAUAGUGUGUGUGAGGAACAUGUGAUCAUAGUUACCUAGGAAUUUGAACCAUAAACAAGUCCUCUAACAGUUGACGAUUUCAAGGCUGCUCUUCUUACAUGCAAGGCUUUGAAUGCCUUUGCUUUUUUCAACUGUGGUUUUAAUUCUGGUGCUAGCAUCCCACAUAAACAUAUCUAAGUUAUACCCUAUGCGUCUCUAAAUUCCUAAUCAUUACCUAUUGAGUAAGCAGCUGUAAAGUAUUUAGAAGAGAACAAAAUUGAAGGCAAUCUAUUCAAUUUACCUUAAUUUACAAAUUUCUAGCAUACAUUUGCUAAAGUAGAAUCAGAAGUUUUUGACUCUGCUUAUGAAAGUUACGAUGCAUUUGAAGAAUAGGCUAUUAAAUUAGAAAAUUAAUAUUGGGAGUGUAUUGAGUAGUUAGGAAUUCAGGCUAAUGGAGAAGAAAUUAGCUACAAUUUUUUAAUGAUGAAAAAUAUAAUGCUAAUUGCACCAAGAUCAAAAGAAGGAUAUAGAGAUGAGGAAACUGGGAUAACAGUGAAUGUAAAUUCACUUGGAUUUGCUGGCACUUUCGCAGUAAAAAAUCAAAACACCAUUAUUUCACUACUGCUUGUUGGUAUUCUAGCUUCUUAAUUAAAUUGCCAAAAGAUUCUGAAAGUCACUAGAGAAAUUCAAAAGACUGGGUUGCACAGAGAGAUGCAAACUAAUACAACCAUUUUGAUUGAGAAGCCAAGUGAACUCAGAUGCCAUUUGAUUUUCAGAGAAAAUAUUACAAAGGAUCUCUACAUAUAUAUGGAGGAAGCUAUGGAAUUGAAGAAAUUCGAAUUUUAUCCUCGUAAAUUUAUUGAUAUUGAAAAGCCUUCAAGUGCUUCAAAGCAUAGAGAAUUUUUGUGGAAAGUUCCUCUUCAUAUGGAAAAGAAGCUUUAUUCGAACUGGAUUCAUAAUCAUGAAGUAAGAACUGAUUUAGGCGACAGAUAUAUUUUGCAUAUUUAAGCUCACAUUCCAUUCCAUUUCAGAUAUCAGCCAGCAAGAUACAAUCAAUCAUAUACAAAUGUCUCAUUUCCAAAUCCAGAUGUCUUCAUUGAUUGUGAUCAAAAGAAUAUUAAAAAGUUUUCAAGAUCAACAAAAGGCUCUUCAAAAUUAAACAUGGUACUUGAUGAAAACAAUUCUCCAGACUUCAUUCCAGCCGAUAUGAUUCCAAAUGGUAAAAAAGAGGAAUUACAAGAAAUUACUAUCUGCACUUUGGGUGCUACUUUUAUUGGAUUCUUCAUCAUUAUGUAUUCAAUGACUCAAAAAAGAUUCAUCUAAAAUAAUGAUAUAAAAACUGAUUGA